CAGCUCCUGGGAUCUGUAACCGUCACACUGCACCUGAGCUGAACUUGAAAAGAGAGUGAAGGGGCGAUUGGGCGAACGCUUUUGGCAGACACACAGGGUGUUUGUAGACGUGGGAGAGGAGGAUCUCUCUUAACGCCCCCCAUCGUGCCCACCGCACAUCACCUCCAUCUCUGCAAAGCCGACCGGAGGAGUAGAGGCGGCAACGGGACUCCCCAAGACAGACGUGGGGCAGCGGCAGUGACCGCUUCUCUGAAGUUCCAACAACAGGUCCUCUUUUUUUGGAGACUCCUUUGGCGGGAAGGGCUAAAAGGAAGGUUUGAGAGAGCGACAAGGGAAGGUGGAAAGGGCCCCUAAUUUGUCAAAAGAAUACCACUGGGUGACUCUUCUUUAUCCUGCACUUCACGUACUGACCCCAUAUUUUCCAGACUGUCAGGGAGGAAUCAGAGACACCUGUUUGAAGACAUCACUGCUUCUAAAGUCACCUGUGUGCUUCUUUGCGCCAGGGGCUGGCCCUGUCCAGCUGCUGGAAAAGGUUUGAUUAGGUUCUGCUGGGAGUGAUUGUUAGGGCUUUGGGUUGCUUGGUUCUUAUGAUUCCAAAUACCCGUCUUUGAGGGAAACUUGCCCUUCUGAGAACUGUGACUUCACCAGGGGCCCUUCCUUGGAAUAAGAGUGAUACUUCUGGGCCACCACCUCAGGACUAUCCUGUUUGACCGGAGGAAGUGGGUGAUUGUGACUACUUUGGUUGAGCCUCUGUAGGGCCCCGAUUGCUCUCCUUGUCUCCACUUCAAGGGACCAUGGCGGCGGGUGUAGCAGCGUGGCUGCCCUUUGCAAGGGCCGCAGCCAUUGGGUGGAUGCCUGUGGCCUCGGGGCCCAUGCCAGCUCCCCCAAGGCAGGAGAGGAAAAGGACUCAAGAUGCUCUCAUUGUGCUCAAUGUGAGUGGCACCCGUUUCCAGACGUGGCAGGACACCCUGGAGCGUUACCCAGACACUCUGCUGGGCAGUUCUGAGAGGGACUUUUUCUACCACCCAGAGACUCAACAGUAUUUCUUUGACCGUGACCCAGACAUCUUCCGCCACAUCCUGAAUUUCUACCGCACUGGGAAGCUCCACUAUCCUCGCCAUGAGUGCAUCUCUGCUUAUGAUGAAGAAUUGGCCUUCUUUGGCCUCAUCCCAGAAAUCAUUGGCGAUUGCUGUUAUGAGGAGUACAAAGAUCGCAGGCGAGAGAACGCGGAGCGUCUGCAGGACGAUGCCGACACCGACAACACCGGGGAGAGCGCACUGCCCACCAUGACUGCUCGGCAGAGGGUCUGGCGGGCAUUCGAGAACCCCCACACCAGCACGAUGGCCCUGGUGUUCUACUAUGUGACAGGGUUCUUCAUCGCCGUCUCAGUCAUCGCGAAUGUGGUCGAAACAGUGCCCUGUGGCUCUAGCCCAGGCCACAUUAAAGAGUUGCCCUGCGGAGAGCGCUACGCAGUGGCCUUCUUCUGCUUGGAUACAGCCUGUGUCAUGAUCUUCACGGUUGAGUACUUGCUUCGCCUGGCGGCGGCGCCCAGUCGUUACCGUUUUGUGCGCAGUGUCAUGAGUAUCAUCGACGUGGUGGCCAUCCUGCCCUAUUACAUUGGGCUGGUGAUGACAGACAAUGAGGAUGUCAGUGGAGCCUUUGUCACACUCCGCGUCUUCAGGGUCUUUCGGAUCUUUAAGUUUUCCCGCCACUCUCAAGGCCUACGCAUUUUGGGGUACACUCUGAAGAGUUGUGCCUCAGAAUUGGGCUUCUUGCUUUUCUCACUCACCAUGGCUAUCAUCAUAUUCGCUACAGUUAUGUUCUACGCAGAGAAAGGGUCUUCGGCCAGCAAGUUCACUAGCAUCCCCGCGGCCUUCUGGUAUACCAUCGUCACCAUGACAACACUAGGGUAGGUG